AUGAAAGCUCGCAAUUAUAUAAAGCUAAGAGCGGCUCCAUUCGCCAGAGAAAUGCAGUGCGAACUGCAAAUAGCACGCGAAGCACGUUUUCCUCCUGCUUUCCGUACUACUGUUGAUGCUGCUGGUACUGGUGCUACUGCUGGUGCUGCUGGUACUGCUACUGCUGCUGCUGCUGUUCAAAAAAACAAUAUUGAAACGAGAUCCAACUUCACGCAAACUCGUAAAUUUUGGAACGAAGAAGAAGAAAAACACGGAUACACCGACGAAAAUGAUAAUGCAAGUCCUUCUACUCCAUUUUUAUUAUUUUAUGACGAAAACAAAAAAUGUACAAAUAUUGUUGAAGAACCAGCACCUCAAUGGUUGAUCGAAGAAGCCCUCAACAGAGGGAAUGAGGUAUGCAAAGAUUACGAGAACAUUAUUUUCGAUUUGAAAAACAAACUUAACGAGACUAAAGUCGAACUUGAAGAAGCUAUAAGAAAGAAAAAUUUUGUCAAAGAAAAAUAUAAAAGGAUCGCAGAAAAUUUACAAAUGGAAGCUUGUAAAAAGAAUGAUGUAUUGCAAAAAAGGAUCAUACAAAUCUGCACUUUAGUUUUGGAAAAAUUAAGAUCUUCCACGUUGUCGAAUAACAAAGGAAAUAGAUUUCAAAAUAAUAAUCGUAGAUCUUCGAGAUAUUUUGGAAAAUUAUCGAAACGAUUGUAUAAAAAGUUACGAGUUGCAAUCUCAACAUCGAAAAAGUUAAAGAAUGAAUUAUCGAAAACACGAAAGGAAUUGAAAGAUAAGUCGAAUGAUUAUGAGUCAGUAAACAAAUGUUUUACAAUUUUCAAAAAAGAAAUGGAAACUACCGAGUCGAAUUUGAACGAUCUAAUAAACGAGAACGCAUUUCUUCGUAAAAAAUUCGAGGAUAUGAAAGAAUGGAUGGAAUUGAAAAUUGGUAAGGAACAAAACGAAAAGAUCAGUGUUACACAAAUGCGCGAGUUACCGAAAUACAGAGAACUCGCUAAUUUGAAGAAAAAGUCUGAAGAAGAUUGCGCAACUAUCAAGCAACUUCAUAACAAAUUAUUACGAUCGGAAUCAGCAAACGCCAAUAAAGGAUUUUUACUGAACAGUUACAAAGGUCAAAUAUCGGACCUUGCCAAGGAAAAAGAUCUAUUUACGUCUAAGAUCAAAGAAUUGGAAAACGAAUUGACUGCACUUAGAACCAGCAACGCACAACUCAAAGCCAAAAUUUCUUUAAUAAACGAGGAGAAGUUAAACCUUGCUUGCAAAAUGGAAAAAUCUGAAACGGAUUUGAAAGAACAGAUCGAAUCUCAGAUAAAUCGAAAGCACGAGGAAUCGAUGCAGAAAGAGAUUAAUGCUAUUAAAAUGAAAUGCGAGGACGCGAUCAAAGUUUUGAAAGAGAAAUUAAUCACUUUCGAGAGUAAAAACAUCGAAUAUUCAAAAGCUAUCAAAGAAUUUUUGAAAAAAAUUCACGAUCAUUGUGACCAACAAGUUAAUGGAAAAACAAAUUUCUACGAAGACGAAGCAAGCGAGAGGGAAGCACACGAGACGGCUUGUAAUAUUUUGAACAUGACACCCGAAGAAUUGACAAACUUUAUGAAUGAAAAACCUAACGCGGUAAACAACACUUGGCCAGCAGAUUUGAACAAGAUCACGUCGAAGAGAAGUUUCUCAGAUGAUUUGGCUAAAUUUCUAUUCAAAACAACGUUCGACAAAAUUUAUACAUCGGCUUGAAAGAAAAAAAAAAGGAAAAGAAAAGCAAAAUAAAAUAAUCAUAGAUAAUCAUAAAUAAAUCAAAUA